GAUUUUGUGUUUGAAGAUGGGAAAAGUUACCCACAUGAUAGUUGUUCUGUCAUUCUCUGUAAAUUUCCACAGUACAAAGGUCCUACAAUGGAGAUUAGUGGAGUGAGUGGCAUAGUUCCUAUCAGCAUGUAUACUAAAAGUUGGGUAUCUAAGAAUGGGAAAUGUUUAUCUAGAGCUCAGUUUCCUUUAGUGUUGGCAUAUGCGUGCUCUAUCCAUAAAUCUCAAGGUCUAACUUUGCAAAGGGUAAUUGUUGAUAUUGGUGCAUUAAAGGAGCAGUGUGUUGGCUUGUCAUAUGUAGCACUUUCAAGAUGUACAUCUUUAGAGGGAAUGCUUUUGGUCCCAUUCAGUCUAAGUCGGUUUUUGAAAAUUAACACCUCAUCUGCAUUGAAGGCAAGACAAUUGGCAGAAAAGGAAAUUUUUAGCAAAAAGAUCAUGUAAUAAGCUAUUUGAUACAUUGUUUCAAAUCCUCAGAGGAAUUUUUAUAGUUACCAAGUUUUAUCUGAGAGAAAAAUUUUGAUGUAAUUGUUGCGUUUGUAAGUGUAUGUAUUUUGAAAUAAAUAAAUUGUUAAUUGAAGGUAACUGAAUGGCAUGUAUUUUCCUUUUAUACAAUUCUAAAAAAUCAUAUGACAAAAGAGUCUACAAAUUUU